UCUUGGGAGAGUACUUGCACUCCAAACGGCUGUUUCAUCUUCCCAAGCCAUAAAGCCGAGCUUACUCCCUUUGCCAUUUGUGGUGGUUCCCGUCACCGAGGUAGGAUAAGGUAUGGUUGUUGGUUUUUGAUUUUUAAAGCUAUGGAGAUUUGGAAUUCGAGGUCGGUGUGGAAGAUUAGGUUAACUGAGAUUUGUUUUUUGGCAGUGUCUCACUAUAAGGGACUCGGUCAUAAAUCUCCAGCAGUAGAAACCACCGGCGGGGAUUCGCAGCGGUUGUUUUUCAAUCGUGAAUCAUUAGGUAAGGCCUCUACAAUUUCGGAUGAUAGGUCUGCAGAUCAAGGUGUUGGAUUCAGUUUGGAUUGUGUAUUGAUUAGUGUGAUUAUAUUUGUUUGUUGCUUUGUAGAAGCUCUGGUUGUUGAUCGGUGGCAGCAGGCAUCACCAAUGUGCUUGUGCUGGCAAUUUCACCUCCUGGCAGUGGGUCAACAGAGGGCUUUGAUUGAGGCGGGCGUCAUGACGAAGGGGACAUUGAUUUGGACUACAUUUAGAGGUGGGUACUUCUUGCUUUAUCUCUUUAGUACAUUGAUCUUAGUGUAUGAGCUAUAUUUUCGGAUAGUUCCUGUAUUUAUCUUGACUCUACUCAUAUUUUUCAUCUGCUUGAUACUUAUCCACUCAAUCUUUGAAAAAUUCAUUUCUAUAUCUAUACAGAACGUAGAGCUAGAAGAAAAAUAUAGAGUAGACAAAUGCAAGUGGGUGAACUAG